AUGGCGAAUUCAACACUCACAGGGAAGACGGUUGUCGUUACAGGCGGCGCAUCAGGAAUCGGCCUCGCCCUAAUAAAAUUCUUCGCUCAAUUCUCGACUAAUUGCGCUAUCCUCGACAUCUCCCUCGCAACAGCAUCUACUCUGCUCCCCGCCCUCCAAACCCAGUUCCCGCACUCCAGAUUCGCGUUCAAGAAAUGCGAUGUCUCGAAUUGGGAAGAGCAGAGAUCCGUGUUUGAAGAGGUGUAUAGGGAGUUCGGGAGCGUGGAUAUCGUGUGUGCGAAUGCGGGGGUGACGGAGGUGGGGAAGUUGCUUGUUGAUGAGAUAGAUGACGAGGGCGGGUUGUUAAAGAAGCCGAAUUUGAAGACGUUGGAUGUUGAUUUGGUAGGGACUAUUUAUUCUAUCAAACUGGCGGUUUAUUAUAUGAGGAAAAACACGGGGGCGCAGAAGGGAUCGAUUAUCUGUACGGCGUCGAAUGCAGGGUUGUAUCCAUUCCCUAUGGCGCCUAUAUAUGCGCUGUCUAAACAUGCGGUGGUUGGCGCGGUCAGGUCGUUGGCGUUACCUUUGCAGGCGGAUGGGAUUCGGAUUAAUAGUAUUGCGCCGAAUUGCAUAGAAACUGGGAUAUCAGACGAAAACCUGUUUGCGCAUAUGACUAUUACGCCGAUGUCGACACUGCUCAAUGCGGUGGGGGAGUUGGCGAUGAAUGAGAGUUUGAGCGGUGUUACGGCGGAGAUUAGUGGUGCGAAGUUUACGUUUAGAGGGCCGCCGGAGUUUGUGGAUGAUAUUUCGAGGCAGAAUAUGGAUGCUUUUUGGGCGUUGGGGUAUGCUUGA